AAAGUCCUGAGACAUCGUGUGGGUGGGAGGAGAAUGAAGGGAGGAACAUGAACUUACGUUCACUGUCAUGUGACAAUCUCAUGCUGAUGAUCAGAUGUGUGUGGCUGUGAAGGUGAGGCUAGUGGCCAGAGAGCAUGAAGUCCCAGCAACAAGGAAAAGAUGGCUCUGUUUGGUCAGCCAGGCCUUCCCUCUACGUCGAUCCUCGCAUGGACUCGGUUGCAACAUUCCGCCAAGCGCAGCCCCACGCAAAGCGCUUCUCCGCUCUCCCACUGCUGCGAUAAGGAUGCCAGCGGCUUUUCACGGUCAAACUCCACAGGAUAAGCCCGAGUUGGACAAACGGACCAUGUAACCAGAUCAGAGAUGUUCAUACAGUGCGGCUAUCCGAUGGUGUGACCAUUAUCUUUUUCCUGUGAUUUGACUUCUCCACGCCCUUGCAACCUUCGAACACUCUUCUGAUGUGUUAAGCAACUUUGCUGAACAGUUUGAUGGAGAGCUGGUCGGAUGACAGCUGGAACUGUUGUCAUAACCGGAGGAAUACUGGCCACAGUGAUACUUCUGUGUAUCAUAGCUGUGCUCUGUUACUGUAGACUCCAGUACUACUGCUGUAAGAAGAAUGGGUCUGACAGCGGCUCCAUCUCUCAGCAACACUUUGCCUGCAAUGCCUGCAGUGUCACCGGCCUGGACGGGUCAAUUGUCACCCCACUGUCCCUGUCACCACCAGAGCCGCCCGGAUCCUCCAACCCCUCCAAACCCAGAGGGGGGCGACGCAGCUACUGCCCCACCUGCUCACCCUACGACUCGCCCUUCUACAUCCGCACCACUGAUGAGAUGCGCAACGGUGGCGAGCGCAUCACCUACAUGCCCACACACUAUGAGAAUCAGGCACUGGCGAUGCCGCUGCCCGCCGUGCGAGGCUCCCUGCUGAGGGAGACUCAGCGAGGGCGGCCUCCCGAUUUCUACACCAAUACCCGAGCCAUCAGCACUGAGGUGUGACCACCCCGAAGCCCCAUAACACCACCCACCCACACACAGACACUCCUCUCUGCACUUGCACACACACACACACACACACACCAGCACCAACACUAACACGACCACAAAAGUGAUUUUGACACCGACAGGAGCUACCAGUGAGGAUCUGCUGGAUAAAGGCCCACUGUUUGUGCAGGUUACGUCAUCACAUUUAAAUAGGGUUUGGGGUUUGGGGGAAUUUUAGUGAGGAUUGUCUAAGUCUGCUGCUGAACAAUAAAGUGUGUGACAAGCAGUGAUGACUUUCAAAUCUAGUUUCUCACUUUAUACCCUUAAAUUUUAAAUGUUCAUCUUCAUAAAGAAAGUAGUUCUAUAAUUGAUGGUAGAUAAAACUGUAGUUGUAAAAUGUCUUGUAAGAAAUUUCCAUUUAUGCUCCCACAUGAAGGGGAUGGUUGUGCAGUUGACUGUUACUUUGUCUUUACUGACUGAGGGCUAUCUUAGAUAAUUUAUGGUUUUCUCUUGCUGCAUAUCUUCCAAAUGACUGCCAAGAAGA